AUGCGGCUCGCGCUUAACUUUCUGCUCUUGACAUUCGCGUUUUCCCUUGUCACCGGGUUCGGCCAAUUUUCGGGAUCACGCCACCCACCAAGACGUCACCCCUCCUGCCAGUCGAACGUCACAAACGACAGUGCUCUAUUAAAACGCGUGUCUGCGAUCUCGAAAUAUAUUUUCACGGGAAAAGUUCACGGUGUGAAUACAGGCAACGGGACGCGGGUGUACAAAGUGAACAUUCGUAGAGUGCUAAAAGGAGACUUGAAUGACGUCGGCGUCAAAGUUGUAUUCGGGAAAGCGCCCUCGCUGCGAUUCAGCGACGCAACGGUUCUGGUGCAGAGCGCGUUGCACUUGGAGUGUCCACCGUUGCGUGUGAGGACAUACGCGAUAUUUCUCACUGAAAGGAGGCGGGGCGGCUCGCCAAGGGUUGUUCGGCUGAAAUUGGUCGUGGAGCCUGUUCUGCUGACUCUGCGGAAUAUAGAGAUCAUAGAGGCCGCUGUUAAAGGUGAGAACUACUCCAGCUACAUAAAAUACUUCAAAGUUUCCACGUAUCUGGGUAAUGAGUAUUAUCAUAUUCAUGAGUUGGAAGAUAAUCAAAAUAUUAGUAAAAGUGGAGAGCUAAUUUACGCCUUAACUUUGCGGGUCAUUAAAGUUGAUGAUCGAGUUCGUUUCAACUUGGCUGCGAGACUUCAGUUCCUUUGGGAAAACAACACCUACUCCGGGGAUCCCGAAUAG